AUGCCAUCACGAUCAAAUUUGAUUUCAGCUGAACACAGUAUCGUAUUGAUAAAAGAGGAAGGCUGCUGGUCGUACGUAGGACGCACUGGAGGCGAACAACCUCUUUCGCUUGGUGAAGGCUGCGAAGAGUACAUCAAGGAAACACCUGAAACCACGACCAACUAUGACCUUACCUAUGACUACGCCAGUAUCAUGCACUAUGGAGCUACGGGUGCUUCUCACAACAAGAAACCUACAAUGAUAGCCUAUGACGUAAACUUCCAAGAAUCAAUGGGCUCGCAUAUCCUUCCAUUCACAGACAAAUCCAUAAUCAACGACCACUACAACUGCAAAGCCAAAUGUCCGAAUGCAAAGUCUUACCAGUGCAAGAAUGGUGGAUUCCCUCACCCAGAAAAAUGCUCGGAGUGUAUUUGUCCCAGCGGCUAUGGCGGUGCAAUCUGCAAUGAACGACCUUCUGGAUGUGGUAGAACGUUAGUGGCGAAACAGAGCAAGCAGUUCCUCAUUGACAAACUCGGCUUCAGUGGCCCUGUCAGGGAUGAGUUCACCUUCUGCAAUUACUGGAUUGAAGCUCCUGAAGGGAAAACGGUAGAAGUCAAGAUUAACUCAAUCUCCCAUGGUUACGCUUAUGACGGUUGCAUAUUAGGAGAAAUCGAGAUCAAAUCCAAUCAAGAUCAAACCCGAACCGGAUACCGAUUCUGCUCACCGAAUGAUCGCAAUGUGAAGCUCGUUUCGGCCUUGAACCGGCUUCCUGUGAUCACCAUUAACAGAUUGGGACAACAGCAAAUCAUCCUCGAGUACAAAAUUGCCGUUUGCUUCCGCUUGUACGGUGCCUUCACAACAGUUUGCAACUUUCAGAAGUAUGAUAAACACUUUGCCAUCUAUUAUGGGUCACCGUGA